UCGACACACGCGAAGGCUCAAGCCAUUUUAUCGCACCCCCUGCUUGGACUCUACGAGCAAAGUGAAGACUCUCAUCCAUCACCAAAAUGCCAGCCACUGACGCACUUCAACCGCCUCUUACCCCCGCCGAGCGGGCCAUUGUUAUAUCCUACGGCGGCUGGACACACUUCAUGCAAAGCUAUGGCCUGAAGCCUUGGGAACAAGAUGACGCUGAGGAGGGAAAGAAAAUCCUGGAGGCCCUUGUUCAACCCGACGAAGACUCUGAGUAAGAAACCUUCAACUGGUGUUUGGCUGGAACAGAAGGACUGAGAAAAGGGCGAUGGAUGCCGACCAUAUGUUCUUCGGUUCCUCUUUCUGACUUUCUCGAUGAGAUUCAAUCAAUAAUUU